AUGCCUCAGAUUCGAGUAGACGGGCCUUCCCAUGGUGCACUGCAGUAUGAAACCAUUCAGGUUGUGGAGAGUGGUGCCAUUCUGCGAGACAUGUCAUUAUCUGUGGAUCGUCAAUACCUGUAUGUCAUGUCAGAAAAGCAGCUGACCAGAGUUCCCGUGGAGGCAUGUGGACAGUACCAGACGUGCAGCGAAUGUUUAGGUUCUGGAGAUCCUCACUGUGGUUGGUGUGUGCUCCAUAACACGUGUACAAGGAAAGAUAAGUGUAAACGUUCUACAGAGCUCCGAAGAUUUGCAUCCGACAUCAAGCAAUGUGUCACUCUCACAGUGAGCCCAAGCAACAUCUCUGUGUCACAGUAUAGCGUGCCGCUGGUGCUGGAAGCUCACAAUGUGCCUGAGCUGUCUGUGGGCGUCAACUGUACGUUUGAAGACUUUGCAGAAAUGGAUGGCCUGGUGAUUGGGAACAUGAUCCAGUGCAUUUCGCCAGCAGAGAAGGAGGUGCCUCGAAUCCUGACAGACAAAGGAGACCAUCAAGUGGUGAAACUUCACUUGAAGUCCAAGGAGACAGGCAUGACCUUUGCCAGCACCAGCUUUGUCUUCUACAACUGCAGUGUUCACCACUCGUGCCUGUCCUGUGUGAACAGUCCCUAUCGAUGCCAUUGGUGCAAAUAUCGACACAUGUGUACACACGACCCAAGGACAUGCUCCUUCCAGGAAGGGAGGGUCAAUGUUUCAGAGGACUGUCCACAGCUGCUCGCUGCCGAGAAAGUCCUGGUGCCUGUUGGAGUGGUGAAGCCCAUUACCCUAAAGUCAAAAAACCUUCCACAGCCACAGUCAGGCCAGCGAGGUUACGAAUGUAUCCUGAACAUCCAUGGGGUGGAGCAGCGGGUUCCAGCCCUGCGAUUCAACAGCUCCAGUGUACAGUGUCAGAACACAUCGUACUCGUACGAGGGGACGACAAUCAACAACCUGCCUGUCGAUCUCUCUGUGGUCUGGAAUGGGGACUUCAGCAUUGACAACCCAGCGCACAAUCAAGUUCACCUGUACAAGUGCGGUGUGAUGCGGGAGAGCUGUGGCCUGUGCCUGAAGGCAGACCCUGAUUUCGAAUGUGGCUGGUGCAGGGCUGGUGGACGGUGCACCCUCAGGCAGGACUGUCCUGCCUCGGAUGAGCAAUGGUUGGAGCCAUCGGGAACGAACAGGAAAUGUACCAACCCUCGGAUCACUGAGAUAACACCAAUACGAGGACCCAGGGAAGGUGGGACUAAAGUGACAAUCUAUGGGGAAAACUUGGGUCUGAGUUUCUGGGAGAUUGAGAGCUCUGUGCGUGUGGCUGGAGUUGAUUGUGUCCCAUUGCCAGACGGCUACAUUCCAGCAGAACAGAUCAUGUGUGAGAUGGGAGUGGCCCGACAUAAUCAGCACACUGGCUUUGUGGAGGUCUGUGUGGAGGAAUGUAAGCAGGAGUUCAUGGCAAAGUCAACACAGCUGUACAGCUUUGUGCUCCCAACUCUAACCAACCUGACACCAAGCAAAGGUCCAGUGUCUGGGGGAACAAUGGUUACUAUUCGGGGCAGAAACCUGGAUGCUGGAAGCAAUGUCUCAGUGAUGUUUGAAGAACAGCCUUGUGUGUUUGACAGGAGGUUUGCUGGGGGAAUUAUUUGUAAUUCCACCUCUGCGCCACGCAAAGGGAACUUCACAGUGGUGGUCAGGGUAGACAAGGCAAGGAUCGAGAAGGAACUAUUGUUUGAGUAUGUGGAUGAUCCCACCAUUGUUAAGAUUGAACCAGAGUGGAGUAUAGUCAGCGGGAGUACACCUGUGAUGGUAUGGGGAACAAACCUGGACAUCAUCCAGCAUCCUAAGAUUCGGGCUAAGCACAAUGGGGUGGAAACAGUCAAUACAUGCACGGUACAAAACUCAACCACGAUGAUCUGCCAGGGUCCUGCCCUGGCUAUCAGUCCCAACCAACAGACCGAUAACAUAGAGCGUCCUGAUGAAUUUGGAUUUAUCUUGGACAAUGUGCAAACAUUGCUAAUCUACAACAACACAAAUUUCAUAUAUUACCCCAACCCUGUGUUUGAACCACUGAGCACCUCUGGAGUUUUGGAACUGAAACCCGGGUCUCCCAUUAUCCUGAAGGGCCGGAACCUCAUCCCUUCCGUUGCUGCUGGUAAUAUGAAGCUGAAUUAUACCGUUCUGAUUGGAGAGAAACUGUGUUCUGUUACAGUGUCAGACACUCAGCUCCUUUGUGAGUCGCCAAAUCUCACUGGACGGCAUAGAAUACUGGCACGGGUCGGAGGCCUGGAAUAUUCCCCUGGGACGGUGCACAUUUUCCCAGACAGCCCACUGAGCUUCCCAGCCAUUAUCAGCAUCGGAGCGGCUGGGGGUCUUCUCAUCAUCUUUAUCAUUGUGGUACUGGUCGCCUACAAGAGGAAGUCCCGGGAGAGUGACUUGACGCUGAAGAGAUUACAGAUGCAGAUGGACAACCUGGAGUCCAGGGUAGCUCUGGAAUGUAAAGAAGCCUUCGCAGAGUUACAGACGGAUAUCAAUGAGCUGACCAGUGAUUUAGACGCUACAGGGAUCCCCUUCCUGGAUUACCGGGCCUAUACCAUGCGAGUUCUCUUCCCGGGAAUUGAAGACCACCCCGUUCUCCGAGAGUUGGAGGUUCCCGGCUACAGACAGGAGCGAGUGGAGAAGGGCUUGACGUUGUUUGGCCAGCUGAUCAAUAACAAAAUCUUCUUAUUGACCUUCAUUCGGACACUGGAGUCCCAACGAAGUUUCUCCAUGAGGGACAGAGGCAAUGUGGCUUCACUGAUCAUGACUGUCCUUCAGACGAAACUGGAGUAUGCCACUGAUGUCCUGAAGCAGCUGCUUUCUGACCUUAUUGACAAGAACCUGGAAAGCAAGAACCACCCCAAGCUUCUGCUGAGGAGGACUGAAUCUGUGGCAGAAAAGAUGCUCACCAACUGGUUUACAUUCCUCCUGUACAAAUUUCUGAAGGAAUGUGCAGGUGAGCCUUUGUUCAUGCUGUUCUGUGCCAUCAAGCAGCAGAUGGAGAAGGGGCCGAUUGACUCAAUUACUGGAGAAGCCCGGUACUCCCUCAGCGAGGACAAGCUCAUCAGGCAGCAGAUAGAUUACAAGACACUGGUUCUAUAUUGUGUGAAUCCAGAUAACGAGAACAGCCCUGAAAUUUCCACCAAGACACUGAACUGUGACACGAUCACCCAGGUCAAGGAGAAGAUUUUAGACGCUAUCUUCAAGAAUUUACCUUGUUCACACAGACCCAAAGCGGCCGACAUGGAUUUGGAGUGGCGACAGGGAAGGAUGGCCAGGGUGAUCCUGCAGGACGAAGAUGUCACUACAAAGAUAGAGAAUGACUGGAAGAGGUUGAACACACUGGCGCAUUAUCAGGUGACAGAUGGUUCUGUGGUUGCCCUGGUGCCCAAACAAACAACAGCAUACAACGCUGCCAAUAAUUCAACUGUAUCUCGAACCUCAGCCAGCAAAUACGAAACCAUGAUCCGAUAUACGGGCAGUCCUGACAGUUUGCGCUCUCGCACUCCGAUGAUCACACCUGACUUGGAGACAGGGGUCAAGGUCUGGCACCUGGUCAAGAACCAUGAGCACGGAGACCAGAAGGAGGGAGAUCGGGGCAGUAAGAUGGUGUCUGAGAUCUACCUGACUCGGCUACUCGCUACAAAGACUCACAGCAACGUGAUUGACUCUCAACAGUCCUCUAAAAUGGUCUACCAAGACAUUCAGUUCUAUCAAUUGCUAGAAAGUCUCAAUAAAGGAAUGAAAUGA